UUCUCAUGAACCAACAGUAAAUGGGAAUCCAACUGUUCAGCACAUCAUGAAGAUUAAAGCGCUCACGCGCUCAGCGGCCACGGCGCAAGCGCCAGGUUCUGAUGUCGCCAGACAGCCUCGCAACCUUGAUCCAGCAUUACAUCCCUUCGAAAGAGCAAGGGAAUAUACUCGUGCGCUCAAUGCGACGAAGCUGGAACGUAUGUUUGCCGCACCAUUUAUUGGGCAACUCGGCAAGGGCCAUGUGGACGGAGUCUACACCAUGGCGAAGGACCCGAAUUCCCUGCACCGAUUUGCAAGUGGCAGUGGUGACGGGAUAGUAAAGGUCUGGGAUUUAACUAGCAGGGAGGAAAUAUGGAAUGUCGGUGCCCAUGAGAAUAUUGUUAAGAGUAUGAGUUGGACGAGAGACCAGAAACUCUUGACUUGCGCCUCGGAUCGGUCGAUCAAGCUCUUCGAUCCUUACAACACACCGUCUGGAACGGCGCCAUUAGCAACAUGGCUGGGUACGAAUGCCUUUACGGGAAUAUCGCACCACAGGUCGAACAAUGCUUUUGCUGCUUCGUCGGGGGUUAUUUCUAUCUACGACCUCGAGAGGUUUACCGCCCCGCCAGAGGUGCUCAAAUGGCCAACAUCCACAGACACCAUCACCACCGUGCAAUUCAACCAAGUCGAGACCUCCAUCCUAGCCUCCUGCGCAACAGACAGGUCGAUCGUACUAUACGACCUACGCACCUCAAUGCCCCUCGCAAAGACAGUGCUGAACUUCGCAUCCAACGCCAUUGCCUGGAACCCCAUGGAAGCCUUCAACUUCGCCGUAGCAAACGAAGACCACAACAUCUACAUCUUCGACAUGAGGAAGAUGAACAAAGCCCUUAACGUUCUCAAAGACCAUGUCGCAGCAGUCAUGGACGUCGAGUACAGCCCCACCGGUGAGGAACUCGUGAGUGCCUCCUACGACCGCACCAUCCGCAUCUGGAAGGCGCGCAGCGGACACUCCAGAGACAUCUACCACACCAAGCGUAUGCAGCGCGUCUUCUCCACCAAGUUCACUCCGGACUCGAAAUACAUCCUCUCCGGCUCCGACGACGGAAACAUCCGCUUAUGGCGCGCCGAGUCGUCGAGACGCGAGGGUAUCAAGUCCGCCAAGCAACGACAGGCAUUAGAAUACAACGCCGCUCUGUCAGAGAGGUAUCAGCAUAUGCCCGAGAUUCGCCGUAUCAAGAGACACAGACAUGUGCCGAAGGUGAUUAAGAAGGCUGGGGAGAUCAAGGCGGAGGAGCUUAAGGCUAUUAAGCGCAGGAUUGAGAAUGAGCGGAAGCAUACUAAGAAGCAGUUCCAGAAGAGGAAGCCGGAGCGCGAGAAGAUGGUGUUGGUCAACGAAAAGUAAAUUUUGUGGGCAGGGGGGAUUUUGGGGAACAUACCAGGCGUUGUUGGGUGGGUCGGUUCAGCAUUGUUUGGAGUUGGGUUAUAUAGACACUCCCAGUGUACGGGAUGAAGUACAAAAUUGAACAAAUUCACGAC